CUGCGUGCAGCGGCCUGGAAGCCGGCGGUCACGGGAAUAUCCGUCGCGCCGAGGACGCUGGUUAGUCUCGCUUUGGGUUCCGGCUGCGUCGGCCGUACGUGCAGCUCGCUGGAACUAUGGCGUCCGGGCCUCACCCGACCUCGACCGCCGCCGCCGCCGCCGCCGCCGCCUCCGCUUCGUCCGCCGCCCCGAGCGCGGGCGGCUCCAGCUCAGGCACGACGACCACGACGACGACGACGACCGGAGGGAUCCUGAUCGGCGACCGCCUGUACUCGGAGGUGUCGCUUACCAUCGACCACUCGCUGAUUCCGGAGGAGCGGCUCUCGCCUACCCCGUCCAUGCAGGACGGCCUCGACCUGCCCAGCGAGACGGACCUGCGCAUCUUGGGCUGCGAGCUCAUCCAGGCCGCCGGCAUUCUCCUCCGGUUGCCGCAGGUGGCGAUGGCAACGGGGCAGGUGUUGUUUCAUCGUUUUUUCUACUCCAAGUCUUUCGUCAAACACAGUUUCGAGAUUGUUGCCAUGGCCUGUAUUAAUCUUGCAUCAAAAAUCGAAGAAGCACCAAGAAGAAUAAGAGAUGUGAUUAAUGUAUUCCACCACCUCCGCCAGUUACGAGGAAAAAGCGACCAGCUACAUUUACCAAAGCCUGGGUGAUGUGGAGUGGUACAUAGAGAUGAAGCUGUCGUCAUGGCAACAGACUCCGAGCCCUCUGAUCCUUGAUCAGAACUACAUUAACACCAAAAAUCAAGUUAUCAAGGCAGAAAGGAGGGUGCUAAAGGAGUUGGGAUUUUGUGUUCACGUCAAGCAUCCCCAUAAGAUCAUUGUGAUGUAUUUACAAGUCUUAGAGUGUGAGCGCAAUCAAACCCUGGUUCAAACUGCCUGGAAUUACAUGAAUGACAGUCUUCGAACCAAUGUUUUUGUUCGCUUUCAACCAGAGACUAUAGCGUGUGCUUGUAUCUACCUUGCAGCUAGAGCACUUCAGAUUCCAUUGCCAACUCGGCCCCAUUGGUUUCUUCUUUUUGGUACCACAGAAGAGGAGAUCCAGGAAAUCUGCAUAGAGACACUUAGACUUUAUACCAGGAAAAAGCCUAACUAUGAAUUGCUGGAAAAAGAAGUAGAAAAAAGAAAAGUAGCCUUACAGGAAGCCAAGUUAAAAGCAAAGGGAUUGAAUCCUGAUGGAACUCCAGCCCUUUCAACUCUUGGUGGAUUUUCUCCAGCCUCUAAACCAUCGUCACCAAGAGAAGUAAAAGCUGAAGAGAAGUCACCAAUCUCCAUUAAUGUGAAGACAGUCAAAAAAGAACCUGAGGAUAGACAGCAGGCUUCAAAAAGCCCUUAUAAUGGUGUAAGAAAAGACAGCAAAAGAAGCAGAAACAGCAGAAGUGCUAGUAGGUCAAGGUCACGAACCAGAUCACGAUCCAGAUCACACACCCCACGAAGACAUUAUAAUAAUAGGCGAAGUCGAUCUGGAACAUACAGCUCAAGAUCAAGAAGCAGGUCCCGCAGUCACAGUGAAAGCCCUCGAAGACAUCAUAAUCAUGGUUCUCCUCACCUUAAGGCCAAACAUACCAGAGAAGAUUUAAAAAGCUCAAAUAGACAUGGUCAUAAAAGGAAAAAAUCUCGGUCUCGAUCUCAGAGCAAGUCUCGGGAUCACUCAGAUGUUGCCAAGAAACACAGGCAUGAAAGGGGACAUCACAGAGACAGGCGUGAAAGAUCUCGCUCCUUUGAGAGAUCCCACAAAGGCAAGCACCACAGUGGCAGUCGCUCAGGACAUGGCAGGCAUAGGCGUUGACUUUUUCUUCCUCUGACACUGCAUGGCUUCCUGGUUUUGCCUCUGUGCAGUGUGAUGUAUGGACUCAAUCAAAACAUAAAGCAAACUGAUUAGGAAUUGAUUUAUUAAAAUUGUCUAGGUCUCUAGAAACACUGAGGACAUUUUCUUUGGAAAAGAACUAUGGUAAGGUUUUUUGCACAUUAAAAUGCCCUAGCAGUAUCUAAUUGAAAACCAUGGUCAGGUUCAAUUGUACUUUAUUAUAGUUGUGUAUUGUUUAUUGCUAUAAGAACUGGAGUGUGAAUUCUGUAAAAAUGUAUCUUAUUUUUAUACAGAUAAAACUUGCAGACAUUGUUCUAUUUAAGUGGUUAUUUGUUUAAAUGAUGGUGAAUACUUUCUUAACACUGGUUUGUCUGCAUGUGUAAAGAUUUUUACAAGGAAAUAAAAUACAAAUCUUGUUUUU